AUGGGAGGUGGUUAUAAGGGUGUGCGGCGUAAACACAUACAGUAUUGUGAAUGGCGCAUGCGCAAAGGAAGUCAAACUUACUGCCUCAGGCCGCCGGGUACAUUGUAUAUAGCCGCUCUACUAGCUAUAAAAAAAAAAGUACUGCUCACGAAAAGUGGCGUCUGGCCACCGCCGUACCCCGAAGCUCACCCGCCGUGUAGACAGUGGUUCUCUUUCUAUUGUUGCGAUCCGGAACGGCGGCGGCGCAUCACGAACUAUCGGCGCUAUUGUUCAUUUUCAAACGGUAAUCAUCCCUAUGGACCACAUUCAAUGUUUUAA